GAAUCGCUGUGAGUUUUUAAAAACAGAAGAAAAUAAGAGGAAAGGAAAUGGGUGUUACUGCACUGCCGGAAGAGUGCAUCGCCACCAUAAUUUCCUUCACAUCACCUCGCGAUGCUUGCAGGGACGCGCUAGUCUCCCGGAUGUUCGGAUCAGCCGCAGGUUCGGAUCUCGUGUGGAACAGGUUUCUGCCACCGGAUUAUCAGCAGAUCAUUUCUGAAUCGGUUUCUUCGGGAUCAUCGUCAUCGUCAUCAUCAUCCUUGAAUAACUUAUCCAAGAAGGAUCUUUAUUUCCAUCUUUGCCACAAUCCCAUCCUCAUCGGCAACGGUAACAGGAGCUUCGCAAUAGAUAAAUUGAGUGGGAAAAAGUGUUACAUGCUGGGAGCGAGAGAGUUGUCUAUAAUAUGGGGAGACACUCCGCAAUACUGGGACUGGACUCCUUCAGCUGAGAUGCCAGUUUCACUACCCCAGUCCAGAUUCUCGGAGGUGGCUCAUCUUCUAGAUGUGUGUUGGCUUGACAUAAAAGGUAGAAUUGAGACUAAUAUCUUGUCCCCAAAUACAAGAUAUGGCGCCUACUUCGUUUACACUUUUGUCAGUUUAGCGGUAAAGGGAGAGGAUGAGAAAUAUUAUAACACUGGGCUUGACCGCCCAGUGAAGGUGUCCAUUAGAUUUGAAAAUGAGAAUGAAGGUAAUGCUACCAAUGCUUAUUUGCUACCAGAUACACCAGAAGAACAUGAUGGACGACAUCCACACAUGAGAGAGGACAUGUGGAUGGAGAUUGAGAUUGGAGAAUUCUUCACUGACCAAGUUCAUGGCAUGGUGGAGAUGUGCUUGAUGGAGAUUGAAAACGGUAACUGGAAGUCUGGCCUUGUGGUCCAUGGCAUUGAGCUUCGGCCAAAAUAAGAAAGGAAAAUACUGUAUUCAGUGCAAGUCCAAGAUCCGCUGUUUGCACAAACGCAUCGUAAGUUUAUAAGAGGACAACAGUUCUUUAAAGAUCAAGUAAGGUAUUGUAAUUAUGAGGUUUUACAUUUUUAUCAUGAUAAUAUGUGAGACCUUUAUUAUUUGUAUUCUUAUGAUUCCUAAGCAGUACUUAAGAUCCAUGGCUUCUUUUUUAAAUUAUAGAGGGACCAGCAACUACGAAAUCAGUCCCAAAUUCCAGCCUUUCUGAUGUCUUGAGCAAAAAAUGCAAUCUUA